AUGUUCAAGUUCGCGUCGCUCCUCGCCUUCCUUUCCGUUCUCCCAUCUAUCUCGUACGCCCAAUCUCAAGUGUACGGCCAAUGCGGUGGUAUUCAGUGGGGUGGUCCCACGACGUGUGUGUCUGGCUCCGUCUGCACCUAUGUCAAUGACUACUAUUCGCAAUGUCUCCCUGGUUCUGCGACCAGCUCCACGAGCACACGCAGCACCACCUCCUCCACGAGCACUCGCACCACCACCAGCACCACCACGACUGGCACCGGGCCUACCUCCACUCCUGCUGCUGGCAACCCUUUCGUUGGCUACGAUGUGUUCCUCAACCCGUACUACGCAGCUGAGGUUAAGGCUGCUGCCGCGGCGAUGACUGACUCCUCUCUCGCUGCCAAGGCUGCUAGUGUAGCCAACAUCCCCUCUUUCUUCUGGCUUGACACCGUGUCCAAGGUCCCUACUCUCGGCACCUUCCUCUCAAACGCCACCGCUCUCCAAACGAGCUCCGGAAAGAAGCAGAUCGUCCCCAUCGUGGUCUACGACCUCCCCGACCGCGACUGCGCAGCGAAGGCGUCCAACGGCGAGUUCUCGAUCGCCAACGGAGGCCAAGCCAAUUACUACAACUACAUCGACCAGAUCGUCGCGCAAAUCAAGCAGUACCCCAACGUGCGCGUCGUCGCGGUCAUCGAGCCUGACUCGCUCGCGAACCUUGUCACGAACCUGAACGUGGCCAAGUGCGCGAACGCGCAGACGACGUACAAGACUUGCGUCACCUAUGCGCUCCAGCAGCUCGCGUCCGUCGGCGUGUACAUGUACAUGGAUGCCGGUCACGCCGGCUGGCUCGGCUGGCCCGCCAACAUCCAGCCCGCGGCAUCGCUCUUCGCAAGCAUGUACAAGAGCGCGAACUCGUCGCCCUUCGUCCGCGGCCUCGCCACCAACGUCGCGAACUACAACGCGCUCUCCGCCGCGUCCCCCGACCCGAUCACCCAGGGUAACUCGAACUACGACGAGCUGCACUACAUCCAGGCGCUCGGUCCGAUGCUCGCCUCCGCCGGGUUCCCCGCGCAGUUCGUCGUCGACCAGGGUCGCUCCGGCCAGCAGAACCUCCGGAACCAGUGGGGCGACUGGUGCAACAUCAAGGGCGCCGGGUUCGGCACGCGCCCGACGACGAGCACGCCCUCGAGCCUGAUCGACGCCAUCGUCUGGGUCAAGCCUGGCGGGGAGUCCGACGGCACCAGCAACUCGUCCUCGCCCCGGUUCGACUCGACGUGCUCGCUCUCGGACGCGACGCAGCCGGCGCCCGAGGCGGGGACAUGGUUCCAGACGUACUUCGAGACGUUGGUCUCGAAGGCGAACCCUUCGCUGUAA